CGGAUACCUCAGCUCCACACCCCUGCACCGGCCAAGGCAACACCUAGGACGCGAAGCAGCUGUGCCUACCGAGUGCUACGACGCAGCUAAGCUAUCCACCGAUAUUCCAACCACCAUCUCUGUAUCUAUCCAUCAGUGCCAAAACCAACAACCCGAAUAUUUAAUAUUCAAUCGACGCAAGCUGCGCCGAAAGGAACGCAGCAUUGACCCGCAAACAACCACGAUCGCAAUCGAAUCCACAAUCACAUCAUGGAUCACCGACCGCAAGCAUGGGGCCGUCCUAGGGACGAUGUCUAUGGUGCAUACGAUGCCUCCUACCUCCAGACUGCCGGCCCCAAGGCAGCCACACAAUCACCCGUCGUCACCGGCACCUCAGUCGUUGGCCUGAAGUUCAAGGAUGGAGUCGUCAUAGCGGCCGACAACCUAGCAUCCUACGGCUCCCUCGCCCGCUUCUCCUCAACCCACCGCCUCCGCUCGUUCGCCAACUCCUCCGUCGUCGGCUUCGGCGGCGACGUCUCCGACAUGCAGUACCUCGACCGCCACCUGAACGAGCUGGCCAUCGAUGAGGCCUACGCCAACCCCGCCGACGAGUCCACUGAGAGCAGCAGGGACAGCUCCCUCAACGCGCAGAACCUGCACAAGUACCUGUCGAAGCUCCUGUACGGCCGCCGGAACAAGUUCGACCCGCUGUGGAACCAGAUACUGGUCGCCGGGCUCGACGCCGACGACAAGCCGUUCCUGGCUUCGGCCGACCUGCUCGGCACCACCUUCUCCGCCCCGGCCCUGGCCAGUGGCUACGGCAGCAUGCUGGCCAUCCCCAUCAUGCGCAGAGCCGUCCCCAGCGAGGAGGAGGCCGCCAAGCUGUCGCGCGAGGAGGCCGUCGCCGUCGUCAAGGAGUGCAUGAAGGUCCUGUUCUACCGCGACGCCAGGAGUUCCGACUCGUACUCGCUCGCCGUCGUCACCAAGGAAGGCGUCGAGCUGAGCACCGACGAGAAGCUCGAGCAGCAGAGCUGGGCCUUUGCCGACAGGAUCAAGGGCUACGGCACACAGACUGUAUGAGAAGGCAGUUGGGAAGUGUGUCUAUUUUUGGCUUCUUGUGUGGUCUUUAUGAGGGGCGUUGGGGGUGGGAACUGCUACGGAUGCAAUGAUGAAAGUGCGUUUCCAUCUAGACAUUCAUACGGCUGGACCAUCUGCUAGCUUAGCAACAUAUAAACACUGUUUUAUAUGUAAUCCCAUCAUUCGAGUUCUGAUGCUGCUGUGCGUGGGGGGCGGUCGAUACCCCCUGUGAAGUAAAUGACUAAUCUUUCACAGACAAGAUAGAGUAAAGGCAAGGAUACAAAAUGAUGACAACUAUUCAUGG